GGCUGUCAUCAUGGUUGCCAUCGUUACCACAAGUCAAAACACGACUACGUCAUCGCAGCUGAAUGUACGCGAGCGUGACUUUACUCUUUCCUUAAGUUUCCGUCGCUUUCUUGACCACAGGUUGUUCCCAACAUGUCAGCAGCUCCUGUUCACAGAGUAUUCUUUGGCAGCUCUCAGGAGAGGAGACUCUUCCCCCUCCAUUAUGCUCCGGACCGGCUGGGAAACCAAAUGUCACGACAGGAAGUGCCUCACCUCGGCCCCGGCUGCUAUGACAACCAUGAGUUUGGCACCAUGCUGUAUGCCUUAGAGAAGACACCGGAGAGUAAGAAGGGAUACGGUCUGUCUGCCAGGACCGCAGCGCGUUUCCCGUCCUGCAACAAGACAGCGACCCCUUCCCCACAGCAGUACCAGCAGGAUCAAAGCCAGUCCACAGUCGCCCCUCCUGGCAAAACCCCUUUCAACUCAACCACACAGAGGUUCAAAAGCACGUCAUGUACAGCUGAGGACAGCCCAGGGCCUGGGACCUACACUCAUGAUGCAGUGACAAACAGGAAAGUGAGCUGGCCGAUGUGCUUCGGGAGGCCAGACAGAUCCAGAAUGCCUCAGAUGGAAAAGAAGUCACUCAAAGUGAAGCUUAACAGUGAAAAGGAGUUCCUGAAGCACAGCAGCAGACUCGCCUACCUGAGUUUGUACUAUUAACAGUAAAGCUGAUGGAUGAAAACACAUGUGACACUGAUGUCUGCUCGGUGGAAUCACUCACAUGGGAAGGCGGUGAUGUCGUCUUUGAAGAGGCUCUGAGUUUCUCCGGUCUUGGCCAUGAAGCGUGUGAGCGCUCGCUCCACGUCUCUCCUCUGACUCGCUGCCUUCUCUCUCAC